UAUAAAUAGGGUCCUGAUGGCACUACAAGCAUGCCUAUGAUUGACAAUUGCAGUCAGAGCUUUGCCACUGGGAAUCAGGCUCCAAAGGACACUGAAAAGCCUAUAAAUGCAACUCUUACACCGGUAAGACACUGUAACUUGAAACUGGGGCUUUGAUCCAUGACAAGCUGAGCUUUUUUCACUCAAGGACCAGUCUUAUGUAGUAGACACUUAUCCUUUAUAUUUGUGGGAAUAUCUGUUGAGUGGACAAUGACUUCCAGAAGACCAAUGACCCGUUCUUACUCUGGCAAUGGGAGGUCCGGCGGCAGCUACAAUGAGGAUGAGGUCAGCUCUUCGAAUGGCCGCUCGGAGAGCUGCAACUACCUCUCCAAUGUCAGGCCUGAAAACAGGAGUACAUUGUUUGGUGUGAUGGCUCAGCUGACUGAGGACACCCAGCCUGUAUUUGAGACCACCUUAAAAUCCAAGGCCGUGUCAGAGAACUGUAAUGUGAAGUUGACAUGUGUGGUUACAGGAAACCCAGCCCCAGAACUGACGUGGUACAGAGACGACAUGGAGUUGGACCGAUACUGCGGUCUUCCAAAAUAUGAAAUUGGCCGCAAUGGAAAAACCCACACACUCCAAAUUUACAACUGCACAGUGGAUGAUGCAGCCAUCUAUCAGGCUUCAGCCAGGAACAGCAAAGGCAUUGUCUCCUGCUCUGGGGUUCUGGAGGUGGGCACCAUGAGCGAGUUCAAGAUCCACCAGAGGUUCUUUGGCAAGCUGAAACAGAAGGCAGAGAACAAGAAGAGGGAGUUGGAGGAGAGCAGGAGAAGGGGCAAGGAGAACGUCCAGAAGGAGCCUCGGGAACAGAAGCCUCUCCAGAGCAGCCCGAUCCCCCCUCAGAGGAAGCGCCGGACCCCAAGCGCCCCCUCUUCACCACCGGAUGGGGAGGAGAACACAGUCAGCCAGGGGGCAGCGGCUGUGGCUGUUGUAGAACCUAAUGGGGCCGGUGCUGAAGUCAGUGAACCGACCCCAGUGACGACUACAGAGAAUGGGAGCAAGACUCGCAGCAAUGACUUUGACAACAUGGAGAUUGUCACCACCAAGUCCCCAACCACAGAAACCUUUGCCAAAAAAAAGAUAAAGAUCUCAAAUGGUGUAGAUUCUGGGGUUGUCAGCAGUAACAGUAGUCAUACAGGACCAGGCACCAGUGAAAAUGCAUAUGAUGGAGGAAUAAGUUUGGCUCAAUUUCUGGCAGAGACCCUUCAUUCACAGACUGCUGAAGAAAAGAAGAUCCCUGCACGAGUGGAGGAAACUGUGGCAGUGGAGGCAAUUGAUACUACUACCGCAGAUCCUAAAACAGAUGCAGAAAAACAGAAAGAGAGAGAGGAGCAGGGGAGAGAGAGGGCAGAAAGAGGAAGGGCGGAGAGAGAGAGGAUGCUUGGAGAAGAACAGGAAAGAGAGAAAAUGUCAAUUGAGAGAGAAAAAGAAAGAGCAGAGCAGUUGCAAAGGACAACAGGACAUAACAACACUGCCUCAGAGGUCAGAAUGGAGGCUAAGGCGCAUGCCCAUAAGGAGGGAGAUCCUCACGAUUACCACCACAUUCAGGAAACUCUUUCCAAUGUGCUCCACUCAGUCAAAUACUUUUUCUUUGGUAAGAGUAAGAAGGAUCAUGCUUCUUCUGAGCAUCAUGUGAAAGGUCAGGAGAGGGACCGAGGUCAUCCAGUUGACCCAACACAGCCGUACCCUAGCCCUCCCCAUCCACAGGAGCCGGAUGGUCACCCAGAGGUAUAUAAAAAACCCACAGAGGAGACAGUGCACAUGGUGGUAGAUGGGCCACAGGAAGCACCAAAAACUGUGGUACCACACAAGCAGCUGGUGUCAUUUGAGAUGUUGAACCCAGCUGAACACAUGCAUGGAUUUACUGUUUCACACUCAGAAAAACCCCCGCCAGCUCCCAAAAGAGCACCAGAGAGUGUGCCUGAUUCACUGGAGCACGUUGAGCAGAAGGAGGUAUGUCCAGAGGUGAUGAUCAGUAGCAGUACAGAUACAGUGCCCACAUCUGGCCUUCCAGCCCUCAGUGAGGCAACUGUGGACCAGACCCAGGCAGACUCUGUCCCCCAUGUGGUUGUGUCAGCCACACAUGAGCCAAACAUCCAAGUGUUUUCUUCCAGGACUGAUCUGUUGACAAGACAUGAUGACAAAACUGAAGAUUUACACAAACAAGGUCCAUCUGACUCUCCACAGAGCCCAGACCACAGCAGUGGAGCAGGUCCCAAUAUGUCAAAUCUCACUAGUAUGGGUGACAUCGGGAGUGCUCCUAACAAUAAUGUCUCACCCACAGUCAACCUGGGCCUGAUGACAGUGACCACAGAAAGUGAGAAAGAGAAGGUAAUGCAUGUGGAUGAGAAGGGCAUUGGAAGUGUCUAUGAGACACAAGAGAAAUGUUCUCGUGCUUUUGAGGAGAAAGGAGAGAAAGGUGAUGUCAAAGCAGAGAAUCAACCAUGUCCCACUUUAAAUGUGAGUGUUUUAGAGGAGAGGAGAGAGAAGAUACAUAACAAGGAGAUCCAUUUCAAAAGUUUACUCCCAGAGAAUUCAGAGAAUGAUGGUCAAAAUAUACCAGAGGAAUGCCAUCCUGUGACAGGGGAGGAUCAUUAUCUCAACAUAAAAGAGAACUCUACCUUAGGUUUGGAGGAUAGUCUUGAAAGUGCCUUAAAAGUGGAAUAUACUCCUGCUUUGGAGAAAAGUUUAGUGGACAGUUCAUUUGGCAACCUGAAAAUACAAGAACAGGUGGCACCUAUUGUGCAGAAAAAGUCUGAGGAACAGGAUGUGAGCUUAGAGAGAAAUGAAGUACCGACCCACACUAUUGAGAGACAGGUUAAAACAGAAGAAAAGGUGACUGAAAUAAAGGUGGAAUUGCUGGGUGAAUCUAAGAUCCACUCAGAGACCCAGCCUGUGAAAGGCUCUGCCAUUGUGUCCCCUGAGCCACCAGUGGCAGCAUCAGUUACCAGUCCAGAGGCUAAUUCCACUAAUCUGGGUGGAUACUUUGGAAAUGUACCAGAGAUUAGAAUGGUAGAUUCUGCUCUUAAAAUCCCAGAAAUCAAAAUAAUUGUGCCAGAACAACAGAUAAAAGAAGAGCAAGUGAUUAUACCAAAUAUAGAGAUUAUGGAGCCAGAAGUCAAAGAGCCUACACAGCCAUUAAUACCUAUUACACCCAAUGAACCUACAUCAGAGCCAGACAUUUUCCAAAAGGAUGAUGCAAAUGAUGUGUCAGACAUAAUGAUGACAGAAAAUAGCGCAGCUUUUACCUCAGUGGUUAUAGAUGUGACACCCACUCAAGAAAGUAUGUGGAAUGAUGAUAUCAUCCGACCAACAGAGAAAGUGCAGGAAGUUCCCCAACCAGUUGAAGAGGCAAAAACGCCUACGGCAGAGCAGCCAACUACCAUAAAGAGUGAGCGGCUCACAAAGACGUUAAUUCCUACAGUAAAUGUUUCCUAUACUGAUGACAGUAAACUCAGGAAAAUGGAUCAUGAGCAUCCACUUCUCAAGCCCCCCGUCUUAGAUAGAGGAAAGCCAAAGGAAGCACCCAAAGUGCCUCUGUGUGUGGUCCCUCCUAUUUCUGAAAGCAACGAGCUUCCUAAAAAUGGGAAUAAAGAAUCAGAAUCAUUGGCGGAUAUGCUCAGGGGGGUCAAGAGUGAUUUUGAAAAUUAUACUUCCUCUGAGUCUGACAAACCCCAUAGUGAUCCACAGAAACAGACUACAAAAACAAAGGAACAGAGUGGGAUAGACAACUUCCCCUCUUUGUCAUAUAAAGCCUUAGUGCCAACAGAAGUAACAACAAUGCAAAAUGCAGUGGACAUCAGUUUUACUGAAGCUGAAAAAGUAAAACCACUCAAAGAGUCAAGGAUAGAGUCUUACAUCAUUGGCAAUGAACCAAGAGAAAGAAACUCUAUUGAAAGGCUUGCUGUCAAACCCCCAACACCCCCCAGGAGUCCCAGCAGUCUCCGCAGGUUCACUUCAAGGACUCCCCCUGCCAUUACUGUGGAUGACCCUCCUAACAGUGAGAAGACAGUGUUGGAGCAGAGUGGUGGAGACACCCCAACGUCCUCCCUGUCCUGUGAGAGCAGCCCCAGGCUGAAAAGAAGGGACAGUCUGACCCUCAUCCGCUCUGCCACGCCUGAAGAGCUUGCCUCUGGAGCUCGCCGCAAGAUCUUCAUCCCCAGGGAGGGAGAAGGGGUUGGGGUAGUGGUGGCACUGGGUGUGGGUGGUAGUCCACUAGACACCCAGGUCAAGAAGGAGGCUCCAUACAUGUCGCCCAGUCAGGCUCGCAGGGCAGCGUUGCUGCAGGCCCCAACAGGCUCACAGACCCCACCGCUAGAGAGACGCUCCCCUCUGCUGAACCGUAGGAAGGCCACCCUGGAGGUGCCCAAAGUUGUGGAGGAGAUCAGCACAGAGGAGCCAGAGAGCCCCAAGACUGAGGUCAAACCUCCUGAGGAGAAGCGGAACCCCUUCAAAGCUCCUCAGGUUAUCCGUAAGAUCAGGGGAGAGCCCUUCCCAGAUGCCUCAGGACACUUGAAGCUCUGGUGCCAGUUCUUCAACGUGCUCAGUGACUCCACCAUCAAGUGGUACAGGGACGAGGAAGAGAUAGUGGAGGUGAAAAGAAGUGGAGGAGAUGAAAGCCAAGUGGCGCUGGCCAUCGUCCAGACAUCCAGUCGAGAUUGUGGGGUGUAUGGCUGCUCAAUCAAGAACGAAUUUGGGACAGAUUCCACUGACUUCCUUCUCAGUGUAGACCUACUUUCAGAGUACUUCCUGUGUGAGGAUUUAGAAGUUGGAGAAGAGAUUGAAAUGACUCCAAUGCUAUUCACCAAAGGCCUAGCAGACCCAGGCUACUGGGGGGAUAAGUUCUUUGGGCGCAUUAUGACACAGGAGGCCCACCUGGGAGAGGGCUGUGCACAUAAGGCCUGCAGGGCGAAGGUUAUCUAUGGCCUGGACCCUGUGUUUGAGUCCGGAACCACCUGUAUCAUCAAAGUACAAAGCCCCAUCGCCUAUGGGACCAAACAGGAGAGCAACCUUGCAGAGAGAAACAUGGAAAUGACUAAGCAAGAGUGCAAAAUCCAAAACACAGUUCGAGAGUAUUGCAAAAUCUUUGCAGCUGAGGCGAGGGUGAUUGAAAACUUUGGCUUUUCACUGGAUGUGAGCCCUCUCUAUAUGGUGUACCGCCCUGCCAACUCUGUCCCCUACGCCACUGUGGAGGCUGACCUGAAAGGCAUCUUCCUCAAGUACUGUAUGAUGGAUGCCAAAGGCAGGCUGAUCACCAGAGCCACCUCAGAGGUGGAAAUGAAAUGCUGCUCAUUCCAGCAUUGGAUACACCAAUGGACAAAUGGCAAUUUACUGGUUACUGGGCUGGAGGGUGUUGGACCGAAGAUCACUAAAGUUAGAAUCGUCACGAAAUCAAAGGGGUAUCAAGGCCUUACAGAUGAUGGUUCUCCUAAGGUGUUUGAGCAGUUCCUGACCCAGCAUCAGUGUAACUACUACUGUGGGCUCCUCAGCCUGAGAACCCUGAAGCCCAUGGACACCCUGCAGCAGCCCCCCAAGAUCAAAGGCUCCCGGAGCCCCCUGCUCGGCAGGAAGUUGUGCUCGUCCAGCCCUCAGCACAACAGAAAGUUGGGCUCAUCCAGCCCCCAGCUGCAGAGAAAAGGACUGAACAGCCCCUUGACAACCAGAAAGGCCACCUCCAGCCCAAAGGUGCCAAGAAAGACUGGGGAGACAGACGACAACCAGUCCACAGCCAAACCCAAGGCUGAGGAGAGUCUCAAAGUUGUGGUAUGAGGUAGCAACGUCAAAAGGGAAUACAUAUCAAAACAGCUUCCCUUUUCUUUCACGCAAACGUUAAGCUUAUUUAUGUUUUCCUGUCACCCAUUGCUGUAUUUAGUUGGGUUGAAGCUAGGACGACCAGCAUGGCCUUGAACAAAAUGUUACAGAGCUUGUGCCUGAAAAGUCUUUAUCCAAGAAGAAGAGACAAACAGGGAGGUUAGUUAAAAUCUAGGGAAUAAGUCAAUGACCCACCCUAUUGGAUGGUUAUAUAACAUUACAUUAUUUCUCAAUAACCAUCAGUAGUAGUAAGAUACUCCCCGUUCUCCAGCUUACUGCUGAAACGGUUUAACUGAGUGGAGGAGGUACAGUACCUUUAAGAAAACUUCCAGCACUAAGGAAAUGGGACACAGUUACCUCACAUCCAUUACUGUCCUCUUCAAAAGAAGAGACUUAUGAAGUGGUUGAAACAAUGGUGCUGGAUACAAAGCCGUGGCCGUAAGCAGAGCUUUAAUAGCUUGAUGCAGAUGCAAGGGGAGUGAAGUGCACCAACUGCCUUGUACAUCUGAGAUGUAUAUGUCUUGGUCAUUGAAAUUGAAAUUGUUGAUCAUCCAUUGGAUCUUGGUGGUAUAGCAUGCUUUACGUUUUUCUAUUAUGGCAGUAUUAUGUCCUAAAACUAUGCAUUGCAGUCUUCCAAACACUGAGCAAAGACAACACUACUCUUGCCUCUUUACUGGGAAUUUGUUUUUGUGCACUUUUUUUGUCAAUGUUUUCUUGCCUUUUGAAAACUGCCAGGUUUUUGUAGUUCAGUUCAUUUUUGUUGAACUUUGUUCAAACCCUGUAAUCUGUUCAUUGGAAAAGAACAUGUUCACAUGCUUAAGUCUGAACAGUACAGUACACCAAUCCCCUUAACCUGGUUCUUCAAAGGAUUGGCUCUUGUCAUGAUAUUUAACUGACAAAGCCUUGAGUGUUGAAGAGCAGUAAGGGGAUUACGGAAAUAAAUGCUGUAACUUUGGAAUGCACAUGUUUGGUGCCAUUUAAACAAAUAGGUCAACUCACAAAGUGAAAGAAUAAGAGCUAUAAUAUGAGAACCAUGUACAAACUACUUUGGACCUGGCCCAUUCUCACAGUAAAGCAGUAGCUCACCUCCAGCUGACUUUUGUGACUGAAAAUUAUAUGCAUUCACACCAUUCACACUACUGGAGGGGGGGUAUUAUCACUAGUUUGAAGCGUAUGUACUUUUGGGAGUGACUGAGUGAGUGAGUGAGUGAGUUAUGUGUGUGUGUGUGCGUGAGAGCGCACAAGAGGGAUUAAGAGUGUUUGAUAUGUUGGCAGAAUGCUACUGAAAUUAAUGUCCAUGACACUGUAAUAUUUGGUAUGUUAUGUUGUGCCAACUGAUUUUGUAAAAUAAAAGUGUACAUACAAUUCUUGUCAAA